AUGUGGGAUCCCUGUGAUUCGGCCCUCUCGAAACCUUCCUCUGGCACCAUCACCAUCAACGUGGGGGGCUACCUGUACGCCGCGCAGCGCCACACCCUGGCUAAGCAUCCUGGAUCUCUGCUGGAAGAGAUUGUCACGGGGAAGAAGCCCGUGGUGCAUGUGGACUCCAUGGGCAACACCUUCAUCGACCGCGACGGGCCCAUCUUCCGGCACGUUUUGAACUUCUUGCGCCUGGGCGAGCUGGUGCUGCCCGACGACUUCAAGGAAGCCGAGCUGCUCCGACGUGAGGCCGACUUCUACCGGCUGAGCGAGCUGGCCCAAGCCCUGCAGGACUGGGAGCAGCAGCAGGCUACGCAGCACGAGCCCGCCUUCCUGGAGGUGACGGACAGCCACGAGCGCUCGCAGGGUCUGAAGGUCUACUGCAGCGACAACAGCUUCAUCGAGAAGGUGAAGAACCGCCUGGUGCAGAUCUCCAAGAGCCGCUUGGACGGCUUUCCUGAAGAGUUCGAGGUGUCAUCCAACAUCAUUCAGUUCCGGCAUUUCAUCAAGUCGGAGCAGGGCUCUCGGCUUGUGCUGAAGCAGGACAGCACGUUUUUGUGUACACUCGAGUGUCUGAAGCUGGAGACGGUCAUGCUCGCUCUCAAAGGAGGCUUUCGCCUGCUCACCAGCCUAGACAGCAGCCGUGGAUCAGUGGUUCAGUGCGAGGCUCUGCAUUUUGUCAAGUGACCCAAGCAGAACGGUCACCACAUGACCUGCUGUAAAACCAUCCUGCAUCAACAAACACCAGCGUCCUCAACCGAAAACCUGUUCUGGAAUACUCUACGCUAACUGCUUCUAUGUGACACA